CGGGCAGAGGCCCCGGCAGCCCAGCGUCCAUCCGCGCUUCAGAGCCAGCAAGGGCGCUCCUGGGGCCCCGGCAGGUCGCGCUCCCCAGGGAUGCAAGUCCCUGUGCCGACGCCCGGCAGAGGCCGGCACGAGCGCGGCUACUCCGGGUGCACAGGGAUGAAGCCGUCCCGGGGUCCCCGGCGCCCCGCCGUGGCCAGCCCCGCGGGCCCCUGAGGUCGCCGCCCCGAGCGCUCCUCUGCUGGGCUCCCAGAGCUGCCUGGGGCGUCCUCCCCAACCCCCGAACCUCCUGCGGUCCUCCCUGACCCGGACCCAUGGAGCCGGCGGUGCUGGCCUCGCACAACCUCCCGCACCACGAGCCAAUCAGCUUCGGCAUCGACCAGAUCCUGAGCUGCCCAGAACCCCCCGGGAGCGGUCUAGGCCCGGGUCGCCAGGGCCAGGGCCAGGGCCAUGGGGAGAGUGCGGCGUUCUCGGGUGGAUUUCACGGAGCCUCCAGCUACAGCCCCGCGGGCUCGCUGGCCCCGCUGCCCGGUAGCUCCGGCGUGGGCCCGGGCGGCGUGAUCCGCGUCCCGGCGCACCGCCCGCUGCCAGUGCCGCCGCCCGCGGGAGGCGCGCCUGCGGUGCCUGGACCCUCGGGCUUGGGCGGCGCCGGGGGCCUAGCGGGACUCACCUUCCCUUGGAUGGACAGCGGCCGCCGCUUUGCCAAGGACCGGCUCACGGCCGCUCUCUCGCCCUUCUCCGGGACGCGCCGCAUAGGCCACCCCUACCAAAACCGGACCCCGCCGAAGCGGAAGAAGCCGCGCACGUCCUUCUCCCGCUCGCAGGUGCUGGAGCUGGAGCGGCGCUUCCUACGCCAGAAGUACCUGGCCUCGGCCGAGAGGGCGGCGCUGGCCAAGGCCCUGCGCAUGACCGACGCUCAGGUCAAGACGUGGUUCCAGAACCGGCGCACCAAGUGGCGGCGCCAGACGGCGGAGGAGCGCGAGGCGGAGCGGCACCGCGCCGGCCGGCUGCUCCUGCACCUGCAGCAGGACGCACUCCCGCGGCCGCUGCGGCCGCCACUGCCCCCGGACCCGCUCUGCCUGCACAACUCGUCGCUGUUCGCGCUGCAGAACCUGCAGCCCUGGGCCGAGGACAACAAGGUGGCUUCCGUGUCCGGGCUCGCCUCGGUGGUGUGAGCGACGCCUGCUCGACCGGCCGAGGGCUCUUUUCCGAACCGAGGCGCCGCGUGGAGCACCCAGCUGCCCAAGCUGUGGUCCCGUGGCAGCGGAGCGCGUGAGGAGGAGCUGGCCCUCAGGCUACCGUCGAGGGCUCCUCGGCCACCGCGGGCUCCCAGGCCAGUGUUGCGCGGUUGCCCAGCGCACUUAGACGCGGCCUUUCCCGCCAUUUUUCAUGCAGACCGUUGCACAGAGGCUGGAACCUCGGGCGCCAAGAGGGCGGGACCUGUAGGACGGUAGCCAAUGAGGUGCGGGGAUGGGGGCGGGCUGGCCAAUGGGAGCUGCUCUCCUGAGGGACUCCGGACUCUUCCGUGGGUGGGUCGGAGCUGGGGUACCCCGGAGCCGGAGCCGGUUGAAAGCCGCGUUGGGAUGGGGCAGCGGCAGCCCGAGCUGCCUGGGUCCGUACCAAAGGUGUGAAGGAAGGAAGGAAGGUGUCAACGACAGCGGAGUAGUGGAGGAGGUGCUGGAGAGCGAGGGUCUCACUGACUGUGACAGGAACCAGGGGGUUAUCCACGCCGGGCAUCUCAUCCUUCAACUGUAAAAUAAUCGCUAAGGAUUCCUUCCUGACUUUGAGCCUCAUGUUGUUCGUGUAUGUUCAACUGCUGACUACGUCCUACCACUUCAGCCUCACAAGGCGCCUGGGCGGCAGGCGAGGCAGAUACUUAUA